GCUAAACGUUCGUGUGCUAACUACCAUGUAUCAAGAGCUCGAUGCGAGGCUCUGUGAGCAAUCAGAAAGCAAGCCAGGCAAAAAAUUUGCAAGAGAGAAAGAAGCACUAAACAGAUCACAUCAACGAAUAUCAUGGUACGUUCUCCAACAUUCUGUUUUACAGGCACCUCAAACGAAACUUUGUGUCAGAAAGCAAAUGAAACAUUUUACAGAGGUAGACGAUGAACGGCUUUCCAUUCAAACUGUAGGGCGUGAAAUCCUCUAUGGGACAACAAACGCAUGCUUCUGACUCAAAGAGAGAGACACAUCAGAUCUCGUCGUGCCUCGAGUUGUGUCUCAGCAGCCUAUCAGACUCAUCUCGAUGUCCAUUCUGCAUUGGUGUUACUACUGCAUCUUCUUGUCGCGACUUCUGCUGUCGAGUCAGUGGUGGAACUGGUGUGAGCUGUUGCGGAGAGACCAGAUCCACCUGAUUGUCAGCUUCAGUACUGGUUGACGGUUUUGCCCCGGUGGUGACGAGGUUCUUGAACCAAGUUGCUUGAACCCUAGGAGAUCCUCCAUUCGAGUUUCCAGGGGAUUCAGGAGUAGAACCAUUGUUGGAUCCCACGCCUAGAAGGAAACGAUAAGCUACCUUGCUAGCUGAUACAAUCUCUGUUUUAGCUUGUCUGAACUGCAAGCAACAGAGGCGCAAACAUACAAUUGUCAAUCAAUAGCCCUAUAUUGUAAAAAUAUUAGACCCACAUUUGUUAGUAAUGAGAGGAUGAACAAUACGAGCCAUGUUACAGGGAUAAAGCAGCCCAUAUGCAGUCCGCAUGCAUGUGAAAACACAGAGGUCAAUUGAUCAAAGACUAGACAUUACAUAUGAUGGGUUGAACUCUGAAUAUGAUAGAAUGAAUCGAAGUACCGAAUCUGCACUGUAAGCUACUUCCAUGUCCAAGAAAAAUAAGCUGGAUAAGUAACAUAAAUAUGCAGAACUCCAAGGACAGAGAAGAGGGAACUGCAAAAUGGGAUCUUACUCGUAAGGCUGUGGUUCCAGCUAUUUCAACAGCAGCAUCCCCAGCAUUGGCAAAUCGGUUCACCCAACCUGUGAAUAAGGUGGAGAACAUAAAGAAUGUCAGAUUUGCAUGAACUGACUCCUGGAUGGUUGAGAAGGACAAACAUAAGACAAACUAGGUUCAUGAUCGUAAACAAAAGUCAAUUCCUUCUUAACAUUUCUUAACCCCAUCCAUAUUUACUUGAGAUCUAGUUACAACACAAUUCAAAUUUAUAUUUUCAGGGCAGGCGUUAGUGGACUCCACCAAUAAUCUUUAAAACACACACUAUUCAAAGGAACCCAAAAAGAUAAAUACAUUACAUCUAAACAACAGAAGACAAGGGCACAGGGAACUUUCCAGUGAACAGAAAGGUCCAGUGGUUUCUUAACCUAUCUUAAACAGCCACCAAAGCUAAAUAACUGUGCACCCAUCAUAACUACAUGUUUCAGUGAAACAGACAUGAAAUGUAUGGUAGCCACCGACAAUAUCAAGCUUUUAAAGGAAGGAUAGUAGUAGCAAGUAUAAAAAUCAUUACCUGGAAGCUUUGGAACUCCUAACUUCUCACAGAACUCAUCACAGAAGUGAUUACAGUUCUUGGCCAACAAAUCAUAAGAGCUUCCAGGCCACUCCCUACUAAGUUCACGAAGGAUCUGAUUCACUUUAUAGAUUGAGAAAUUGGUUCUUCCAAGUAUAAUGCUUUCACGGUAAGUAUACAUUGGGUUCUUUCCCGAAGGGCAACUAAAAACUCCCGUGCCUUGUUCACAAAAGCCAAACGACCAUUCAUCUUCUCCAUAUACCUGUCACCAGGGGGGAACAACUCAAUAAUCCAUAAGCAAUUCAACAUCAGUGCAAAGAGAAGCAACAGUUGAUCAUGGAAAGAAGUCACUUAAACAGAGACCUUCAUCAUUGCACAAGGGUCUUGCAUAUACAACUUACAAGAAUACGUCAAGCACUGAAUUGCACUACAGUAUUAUGUUAGGAACU